AUGAAGAAGGAAGUGGACGGCGACCCUCCAGUUCUUCCUGAAAAAAUCAUCAGAAACAUUCUCAAACGACUUCCAGUAAAAUCCCUAGUCCGAUUUCAAUGUGUGUGCCGACAUUGGAGAAAUCUCUUCAAGACCGCAGCUUUCAUCGCAGACCACCUGCACCACUCAAAUCAUCAAAACCCUUAUCUCCUUUUCCAACGGGAUGGCUGGGAUGAUCCUUCGAACUUGUAUUGGCUUGAUUCCGAGAUGCAAGUUCGGGAUUUUCAGAACCCUCCUUUGCUCGAUUACUUGAAGCGUGGUAAGAUCGUUGGUUCUAGCAAUGGCUUGCUCUGUGUUGAAAUCAACAAGCAUGAUGUGUCUCCUCAUUUCCUUUUAGUGUGGAAUCCAGCGAUUAGAGAGGUUAGACUGGUGCCCGAAACUAAUUUUCAUGAGGAUUAUUAUCUCUAUUCUGUAGCAUUUGGGUUCAGUCCAGUUAUUAAUGAUUACAAGAUAGUGAUAUUGUAUGUUAAUGAGUAUUAUACUGAGCUUUCUGCCGUGAAGGUGUAUUCUUUAAGCUCAGGGUCAUGGAAGGAAGUAAAAUUUAGGGUCAAUCACAGUACAUGUCUUCAUUCUCAUUGUGUCACUGUUAAUGGUGUUAUGUUUUGGUUGGGUUCAAAGCGGGUUGGGGAGGAUCCAGAUGAUAAUGAGGGUCUGAUUGUUUCACUUGACCUAGCAACCGAAGCGUUUAGAGUGAUCCCCAUACCUGAGCAUGACUUUUUUUCAACGCUUGCUGUGUAUGAGGAAAAACUUGCAAUGGUUUCUGGCAUCAGAAGCACAGGGCAUUCUGUUAUCCAUCUGUGGGUAAUGGAGCAGGGUGUAGUAGCAUCUGGGGAGAGAUGGAAUUGGACUAAGAAAUAUACCAGCAGCCCUUAUCCAUGCAAGUUAUAUCCCAGGACUAUUUGGAGAAAUGUAAUUGUCUGCACGGAUGACAUGGAGGACGAAUCCACCGCUGUUCUCUUCAAUCUCACUACUAAAAGAAUCAAGAAGCUGGCCAUUAGCAAAUGUGACGAUGGUCAUGAUAUUUUCAAUUAUGCUGAAAGUCUCGUACCAGUUGGAGGAAUGAAAUCAUUUGCAAAUUUUCUGUAGGGUCUGUAGUCAUUCAUGAUAUUGAAUGCAACGUGUACAGUGAUUUAGCAAAAGCUAUUCUAUCUCUGUUCAAUCUCACAACUCAUGAACUCGAGAUGUUUGCUUCCCAGACCUUUUAAUCUUUAUUACUUGGCUUAAGCACUUUUGGAAGUAGAG